AUGGCUGAGGAUUUUUUACAUCCUUCAGAAAAUAACAAGACUUUAGAAGAAGUUGGUCAUGCGUAUUUUAACGACUUAGCUUCUAGAUCAUUUUUUCAACGUUCGGGAAGUUGGAACAACUACCAUCAUUUUGUGAUGCAUGAUCUGGUGCAUGACUUAGCAAUAUUGCUCGGUGGAGAUUUCUAUUUCAGAACAGAACUUGGAAAAGAAGCGAAGAUUUGUACCAUGACCCGUCAUUUAUCAUUUAGAAGCUUCAGUGGUCCAGUCUUGGAAAGCUUGGAUAUUUGUGCCCGAGCAAAACAUCUUAGGACGUUUUUGACAAACAAUUUAAAACCCCCUUCUUCUGAUAUCGAAAAGGCAUCAUGCAUCAUUUUAUCCACAUUGAAGAGCUUGAGAGUGUUGUCAUUUCGCAACUCUCCAUGUCUUGAUGCAUUGCCCGAUUCGAUAUUUGAAUUGAUCCAUUUGCGAUACUUGGAUCUCUCUUCCACGACGAUUACAACUUUACCAGAGUCUUGGUGUAAUUUGUAUAAUCUACAAACGUUGAGGUUGAGCAAUUGUCGAGAACUAACUUGGCUUCCCAAUGACAUGCAAAAUCUUGUAAAUUUGCGCCAUCUUGAUUUGCGUGGAAGUGAUAAGUUAGAAGAAAUGCCUGUUGGAAUGCGAAAAUUAAAUCAUUUGCAUUACUUAAGUUACUUUAUUGUGGGAAAACAUGAAGAGAAAGGGAUCAAGGAACUGGGGACACUUUCAAAUCUUCACGGAUCACUUUCCAUUAAGAAAUUAGAGAAUGUUACCAACAGCUUUGAAGCAUCAAAGGCAAAGAUAAUGGAUAAGAAGUACCUUGAAAAAUUAUCGUUUGUAUGGUCUCAAGAUGCAAAGGACGAUUUCAAAAAUUCCGAAACCGAGAUGGAAAUACUUGGCAAUUUACAGCCGGCAAGGAAUCUUAAAAGGCUAGGUAUAAAUGGAUACAGGGGCACUAGAUUUCCAAAAUGGGUUGGAGAUCCUUCCUACCACAAUUUGACUGAUUUAUCUUUCUAUAAUUGUCAUAACUGUUGCAUCCUGCCCCCACUAGGACAACUACACUGUCUUAAGAAAUUGAGAAUCAGUAGAAUGAGUAUGGUGGAGAUUAUUGGAUCUGAAUAUGGUGAUUUAUUUUCGGAGACACUUUUUCCUUCCCUUGAGCAUCUUGAGUUCCGUAACAUGCCUUGUUGGGAAGUGUGGCAUCAUCCCCAUGAAUCAUAUGCUCCCUUCCCUAUAUUGAAGAUCCUUUUGAUUUUUGAUUGUCCUAUAUUACGGGGAAAUUUGCCAUCUCAUCUUCCUGCUCUGAAAGUACUUGGGAUUCAACGAUGCUACCAACUUGCUUCUUCUCUCCCACGGUCCCUUGUCUUAACUAAACUAGAGGUGUGUGAAAGCAAUAAAGUAGCACUACCAGAGAUACUACCACUUUCAUUAAAAAAUUUAAAAACUCAAGGAAGAAAGGUGACAGAGUCCGUGUUUGAAGCCUUCCGAAUCACCCUACCAACAUCUCUUUAUGAUUUAGAGUUUAGGGAUUGUUCGUCUGCAAUAUCAUUUCCGAGAGAUUGUUUGCCCGCAUCCUUGCAGUGCCUGACUAUCAAGAAUUGUGAAAAUCUAGACUUCCCAAUGCAAAACCACCAACUCGAGUCACUUGGGUAUUUGUAUAUAGAAAGGAGUUGUGAUUCUCUUAGAACCCUCCCAUUGGAAGCCUUUCCAAAUCUUGAAUGUUUGUGUAUCAAAAACUGUGGAAACAUAGAAUAUCUUUCUGCUUUGAAAAUUCUUCAAAAUCUCGUUAAGAUUGAUAUUAGAGACUGCCCCAAUUUUGUAUCAUUCCCAAGGGAGGGAUUGUCUGCGCCAAACUUGAAUACAUUGUAUGUCUCCUGCUGCGUUAAUUUAAAGUCACUUCCUUGUCACGUAGAUACUCUUCUCCCGAUGUUAGAAAAUGUGACAAUAGAAGAUUGCCCAGAAAUUGAGACUUUUCCUGAAGGAGGUAUGCCGCCUAGCUUAAGAUCACUUGGAAUCUCAAAUUGCGAGAAGUUAUUAAGGAGCCCGUCUCUAACUUUGACAGACAUGCUUACCCGUCUUACCAUUACUGAUAGUGCCCAGUCCUUCCCCAACCAGGAUUUUGCGUUGCUACCUCCCUCUCUUACCUCCCUUGAGCUACGGAGUAUGUCAAGUUUGCACACAUUGGAGUGCAGGGGGCUUCUCCACCUCACGUCCCUCCGAAAACUAUCAAUUAAAGACUCUCCCAAGCUGGAGAAUAUAGCGGGAGACAGCAUACUACCUGCCUCUCUGCUUAAACUUCAAAUCUAUGAAUGUCCUCUGCUGGAAGAACGGUGCCGCAUGAAACACCCGCAAAUUUGGCCCAAACUUUCCCACAUCAAACACAUUAAGUUUAACCGCACAUAA